CGCUCCCACCUGGCCCGAUCCCGCAAGCUUCAACGGCCAUCCAUCUUGAGGCCCACAAAAGUCCCAAAGUUGUGCCUGCAUCUCCACAUUCCAAAGGCUCCGAUUCCCCAUUAGAUAUUCCACGUGCCUUCACGCGGUACUUCCAAGGUUGGUACUUACUUGGCCAUCUCUACGCGACACAGUGCCUGCCUAUUCGGAUCAGCUGCUCACCGCCUUUCGAGGCACAACAAUCUUCACAGGGCUUCCAUCCCAAGCCCUUUACAACAUAACCAUGGAGGCGCUGCUGUCGCUCGCCUUUGACAAUAUCGCAUCCAAGGACACCCAGAAGAUUAGAAAGGGACUGCGCCAGAUCGAGGGCAUGCUGGCGCAGAUAUGCCUGGCUAGCGGGCGAUCGAAACCAUCAACGCCGGCGCAUCGGCGUAAUGCAUCGGCGAUAAACCUGAGCGAACAACCUCAGCAUGCGCCGAAGAAGCUGGGGGCGUUGAGUGAGGAUCUUGCUUUCCGGGAGUUCUUCCGGUUGCAGGAGGGGUUUGAGUGGAAUGUCGCGAUGCGCGUAGCCGACUGCUUGGAACGGCUUCUGGGAAUGCACAGUGACGGCCAAAACGAUCUCCUCAUACUCUCUGCAUUAUCGAACCUACAAGGCCUCCUCCUCCUGCAUCCGCCCUCCCGAACCAUAUUCGGCCGCGAAGUGUACAUGAACCUACUCCUGGACCUUCUCGACCCCUACAACUGCCCGGCGAUACAAUCUGCCGCCUUGCUCGUGCUCGUCACGGCACUCCUCGCGACGCCGCAGAAUACACGAACCUUUGAAAACAUGGACGGAUUGCUUACAGUAACGACAUUAUUCAAGGACGAGGAAACUACACAGAGCGUGAAGCUGAAGCUCCUCGAGUUCCUUUACUUCUACCUGAUGCCAGAAGCACCAGUCCCUGCCGUUAGCGCACCAAACACGGCCAUGGGCCUUCACCGGAGUCCCAGCAAACUCGUAGGCGCAUUCGACCGGCGGAGUAGCACCGUGAGCGGAGACGACGGUGGAGGCCCGACGAGGAAGGGGAUCCGCAGCCAAGAGGAGAAGCAGCAUAUGCUGGGACAGUACCUGAGCAAUGUUGAUGCUCUGGUGCAGGACUUGCAAGAAACGGCGCCGUUUACAAGCGUUUCCUGCUGAGAAACCCACCACUUCAGCUGGUUCAUGGAUCUUCCGACUCAUCCUGGUAUUCCGACGACAUUCCUCCCUAUGCAUAAGUUUUUU